UCUCAGUAGCGUCUCCGCGACCUGCCUCCGCGGCCCUAGGCCCCGACCUCCCGCCGCCGGGGCUCCGGCAGCCUCUCCCUACGCCUCCAUCCGCACGACCGCCUCGCGGACUCCUUAUGGAUCGCAGCUCCAAGAGGAGGCAGGUGAAGCCUUUGGCAGCUUCUCUGCUGGAAGCUCUCGAUUAUGAUAGUUCAGAUGACAGUGAUUUUAAAGUGGGAGAUGCCUCAGAUUCUGAAGGGAGUGGUAAUGGAAGUGAAGAUCCUUCAAAGGACAGUGGAGAAGGUUCCUGUAGUGAUUCUGAAGAAAAUAUUUUAGAGGAAGAACUUAAUGAAGAUACUAAAGUAAAGGAGGAACAACGUAAAAAUUCUGCAGAGGAAGAAAUACUGUCAUCAGAAAAACAAUUAGUUAAAAUGGAAAAGAAAGAGGAAGAGAAUGGAGAACGACCUAGAAAGAAAAAGGAGAAAGAAAAAGAAAAGGAAAAAGAAAAGGAGAAAGAAAAAGAGAAAGAGAAGGAAAGAGAGAAGGAAAAGGAAAAAACAACUGUGUCUGACAAUGUGGCCGCUUCUGCAGCUGCCACCACGCCAGCCACAAGUCCUCCUGCUGUUAACACAUCGCCUUCUAUGCCCACCACCACAGCUGCUGCAGAGGAGCAAGUUAGUGAGCCGAAAAAGUGGAAUCUUCGACGGAAUCGACCACUUUUGGAUUUUGUAUCCAUGGAAGAGCUGAAUGACAUGGAUGACUAUGACAGUGAGGAUGACAAUGACUGGCGACCUACUGUAGUGAAGAGAAAAGGGAGAUCUGCAUCUCAGAAAGAGGGAAGUGAUGGAGACAUUGAGGAUGAUGAAGAUGAGGGAAGUGGGAGUGAUGAGGAUGAGAAUGAUGAAGGCAAUGAUGACGAUCAUAGCAGCCCUGCCAGUGAAGGGGGGUGCAAGAAGAAGAAGAGUAAAGUUCUUAGCAGAAACAGUGCUGAUGAUGAGGAACUGACCAAUGAUAGCCUGACACUAUCUCAGAGCAAGAGUAAUGAGGACUCGCUGAUUCUUGAGAAGAGUCAGAACUGGAGUUCUCAAAAAAUGGACCAUAUUCUGAUUUGCUGUGUUUGUCUUGGAGAUAAUAGUGAGGAUGCCGAUGAAAUAAUUCAGUGUGACAAUUGUGGCAUUACAGUCCAUGAAGGUAAUUUUGCUUUGUUUUUUUUCCUUCUAGAAAUGGUUGAUACUGUGUUUAAAUAA